GAAAUAAAAGAAAAGAAGAGAGAAAGAGAGAAAGAAAGAAAAGAAGAGAGAAAGAAAGAAAAGAAAUGGAGGCACUGGUGCACAUACGAAAAGAAUCCCCAUAAGUCCUUUUUUGGUUUUUUCCCAGAAAACCCAAGAACUUAAAAAGAAUUAUAAAAGUAAAAACAAUAUGUAAAGUUAGAUUAUGUAUAUAUUAAUAUUAAUCUUUUAGAACAAGGUAACAUGGUGUUUUUCUUGUUGUUGUUUGUUGGGUUUUUAAUGUCCGAAUCUUGUGGGCAAAAAGUCGUAUGCACGAACACACAUACACCCAUUUUCUUUUGUUUUUGAUUUUGAAAAGUUAUCCAAUCAGAUGUUAAACAAAAGCUGGAAAAACUUCAAUUUUUUAUAAUAAUUAUUAAUAGAAAUAAUUUGUUUUCGGGUUAUUUCAAAAGAAAAAGGAAAAGAUGAUAUGAAAUGCGAUUUUAUAUUUAUGUGUUUAAUUGUUUUUGUUUUGACCCGAUUGGGUAUAGAAACUGUAGUAAAAACUGACACUUUCUCUGAACCAAAAAGGGGUCUUUGAUUGAUUGUCAAUUACAAAACAUUUACUAGUCGUAUUUUCAAUUUAUUUAUUGCGUGACUCUAUUUUGUAGAUGAUUUUUUAUUUAUUUACUAUUUUUUUCUUCUUUUGUUUUUGGUUUGGUUCGGUGCGUGAGGGGAGAUUUUUAUUAGAGAAAGAAAGAGAUGUCCUUUCGGGUUUUCUUGAGAUUUCUUUAUUGCUAGUCCUAUUUAGGGUUCCUUAACUUUACUCUUAUUAUUCUCUUUCGAGUUUUUGGUUUCCGAUUUUGUUUUGGGUAGCUUCAGUUCUGGGUUUCUUUUGUUUAAUUCCUAAAUUUGCCUCUUUUGACCCAUUUGGGUCGUUAGAUUUCUUCUUCUUCUCAUCUGGGUCGUUUGAUUCUCUUCCUUUCAGACUGUUUUGUAGUCUGAUUCAAGAGUUCCGUGGUUUGUCUGCAACAAAUUUUGUGGCUUUUAGUGUAUUGCUAAUCUGGGAUCCAUAGAUUUCUUGCAAAAUUUAGGGUUUUGUUUUUGAUUUGAUUCUACAGCCGGGCUUAGGUUUUGGGAGGCAUUGGUGUAUUUAGUUCUGCUAUUUUGGGAAGUGUCACUCUCUUAAUUUGAAAAUAUAUUGAGGGGUCUUGGCAUGUAUGCAUGAUGUUUCAUGCUCAAGGUCCUUCAAGGAAUCAUUGCAGUCUCCUUGCAGUCCUCUGUAGCAAAACCUCUGAUAGUAAGCAGAAGCAGCCUGCCUCUGGUGAUAAGCCCAAAUACCCUUUUCCUGAGCUUGUUUCUUCUGGGCGUCUUGAGGUCCAGUUACUGGCUAGUCCAGGCACUGAUGAAUUCCGGAGAGUGCUUCAGUCUUCGGAGCCCAAUAUUGUGUACUUGCAAGGAGAGGUUAUUGAAGAUAGUGAAGAAAUUGGUUCUCUGAGGUUGGGAGACGUUGACUUGUCCAAUCCAGAAACGUUAUGUGAUUUAUUUGGUUCUACAUUGCCUGCCACGGUUUAUUUAGAGACUCCGGAUGGUGAAAAAUUAGCUGAGGCACUUCACUCCAAGGGAGUUCCCUAUGUUAUAUAUUGGAAAAGUGUACUUUCAUGUUAUGUAGCUUCUCACUUUCGUCAUGCUUUAUUGUCAGUGGUACAAAGUUCUUGCAGCCACACGUGUGAUGCAUUCCAACUUGCGCAUGCAUCAUUCAGGCUCUACUGUCUACAAAACAACAAUUUCGUAGCUUCUAAUGGCCAGAAAGUCAGUGGUAAACCUGGGCCAAGGUUGCUUGGGGAUCCACCAAAGAUUGACAUUACUCUACCCGAGGCAGAUGUUCAGGAUGAAGAAAGUUCCUCUGGGAGUCUUCCCGCUAUAAAGAUAUAUGAUGAUGAUGUGACCAUGCGAUUUCUUGUUUGUGGACUGCCAUGCACACUGGAUGCGUGUUUAUUGGGAUCUUUGGAGGAUGGGCUAAAUGCUCUCUUAAACAUUGAAAUUCGUGGGAGUAAGCUUCAUAAUCGGGCAAGUGCUCCACCUCCUCCUUUGCAAGCAGGGACAUUUUCUCGUGGUGUAAUGACCAUGCGAUGUGAUAUAUCAACGUGUAGUUCGGCUCAUAUAUCUCUUUUAGUAUCUGGCAGUGCACAAACUUGUUUUAAUGAUCAGCUUUUGGAGAAUCAUAUCAAGAAUGAACUAAUUGAGAAUAGUCAGCUAGUCCAUGCAUUGCCUAGUUCUGAGGAAAGCAAAUUGCCUGCUUCUGAGCCUCGGAAGUCUGCAUCUAUAGCCUGUGGGGCAAGCGUAUUUGAAGUUUGCUUGAAAGUUCCUACAUGGGCUUCUCAGGUUUUACGGCAACUUGCUCCUGAUGUAUCCUACCGCAGCUUAGUUAUGCUGGGAAUAGCUAGUAUUCAAGGAUUAUCUGUGGCUUCUUUUGAAAAAGAUGAUGCAGAACGCUUUCUUUUCUUUUGUUCAAAGCAACGCAAAGAUCUCUAUCCAAACAAUUCUAUCCUCACUAAGCCGCCUAGUUGGUUGAUACCUCCUGCACCUAGCCGAAAAAGAUCUGAGCCAUGGAGAGAAACUAAACCAUUGAUUUCCUUUGGCCUUGAACGUGAAAACGGAGGAAAUGUUAAACAGAAACUGAAUGUUGCUGCUAUGAGGCCAAUUCCUCAUACACGGCGUCAUAAGAUGUUGCCUUUCUCUGGAUUUUCAGAGGGUGAAAGAUAUGAUGGAGAUCAAGGAAAGCCUAAUUUGCCAGUUGCUCCAGUAAAGCAUGGUGUUGCUGGCCCAGCUCCUGUAUCGCAUCGGAAAUCUCUGUCAAGCUCUUACCAGGCUCAGCAGAUUAUUUCUCUAAAUCCAUUACCUUUGAAGAAACAUGGUUGUGGCAGAGCACCUAUACAAGUUUGCUCGGAGGAGGAGUUUUUGAGGGAUGUAAUGCAGUUCUUGAUCCUUCGUGGACAUACUCGCCUUGUUCCUCAAGGUGGACUGACUGAAUUUCCUGAUGCUAUCCUUAAUGCAAAACGCCUGGACCUUUUUAACUUAUAUAGAGAGGUUGUUUCAAGAGGAGGCUUUCAUGUCGGGAAUGGUAUCAACUGGAAAGGACAAGUUUUCUCAAAGAUGCGCAAUCAUACAUUGACCAAUAGAAUGACUGGUGUUGGAAAUACACUGAAAAGACAUUAUGAAACGUACCUUUUAGAAUAUGAAUUGGCCCAUGACGAUGUAGAUGGAGAAUGCUGCUUGUUGUGCCACAGUAGCGCAGCUGGUGAUUGGGUGAAUUGUGGAAUAUGUGGUGAAUGGGCUCACUUUGGCUGUGACAGGAGGCAAGGGCUUGGUGCCUUUAAGGACUACGCCAAAACAGAUGGACUAGAGUACAUUUGUCCCCAUUGCAGCAUCGCAAAUUUCAGAAAGAAAUCCCAGAAAACAGCCAAUGGAUAUUAACAAAGCCUUGAGGCUCUUGACCCAUGUUCUGCUCAUCUUACUCUUUUUUUUCAUUUUAUUCUGUUCCUUCUAUUUUCCUAUAUAAAUGCAUAAGAGAAGUAGGAAUGUAAUUAUUGUAUUUGUAUCCCCCAUUGUUGUCUCCAUAUAGAUUAGUCCAUUAAGAAGCGACCCCCCAAUUUUUCCCUUACAUAUCUGUCUUGUACUCUGGAAAGAGCCAUCCCGAGGAAGAAUAAUUGUAGAAUAUAUAUAUAU